GCAAUUGAGGUUUGGAUAUAUUGGGUGGAAAAGAAAGUCACCUCACAUAAAACUUAGUGAUUGGAGCUGUCACCAACUGUAAAUUUCUAAACUUUGCAAGACAGCAGCAACAUUUCAAACGACAUUCUGAGAGAGGCGACAAUGGGCUAACGUAGAUUUCCCUCCAGGUGGAAUUACUGCACAAGGACAAUUGCAUUGCCCUUGGAGACUUCUCCCAGUUUGGUUUAAGUUCACAGAUUGCGGAUCCCAGACAGCUGGUAUCAACUGAUCAGUGUUCUGUUAAGGCUAAACCCAAGACUCUUUAUCACACUGUGGCCUUAAGAUUGGAUUUCUCUUCCUGUUCCUGGGAAGAAUUAGAGAUAUAACCUAAAGGUCACUAUUAUUCUGAGAAAAGGGAUCCUGGAGGAGGAGGGAGCAAUGAGUAUGUGGCAGGAGUUCAAGGUGACAAGGGCUGAGCCAGAAGCCACAGAGCAUAAAGCUCCAGUCCUUCUUCCAGGGAUGAGGCAAUGAGGACUCCGACUCCUCUGUCCAGUUUUUAACAAUCUAACUUACGGUUAGAGCUUUUUUCCUUUUCUUUCAACUACUCCUGGCAGUAGUGGGGUCAUGGAAUUUUUGUAAAAAAUGGGGUGGAGGAAAAUAAGGCAUCUGCGUGAGUGUAUAACCAUUUUACCUCUGUUUUUAGCCCUCUUCUCGGUCACCCUAGAAUCAGAUCUGCUCUCCAGCAUCUUCUGUUUCCUGGCGAGUGAUUCCUGCUACUUUGGAUUGGCCAUGACGGGCUGGAGCUGCCUUGUGACAGGAGCAGGAGGGUUUGUGGGUCAGAGGAUCGUCCGCCUCUUGGUGGAGGAGAAGGAGCUGAAGGAGAUCAGGGUCUUGGACAAGGCCUUCAGACCAGAGCUGAGGGAGGAAUUUUCCAAGCUCCAGAACAAGACCAAGCUGACAGUGCUGGAAGGAGACAUUCUGGAUGAGCCAUUCCUGAAGAGAGCCUGCCAGGACGUCUCAGUCGUCAUCCACACCGCCUGUAUCAUUGAUGUCUUUGGUGUCACUCACACAGAGUCCAUCAUGGAUGUCAAUGUGAAAGGUACCCAGCUCCUGUUGGAGGCCUGUGUCCAAGCUAGUGUGCCAAUCUUCAUCUACACCAGUACCCUAGAGGUAGCCGGGCCCAACUCCUACAAGGAAAUCAUCCAGAACGGCCACGAAGAAGAGCCUCUGGAAAACACAUGGUCUGCUCCAUACCCAUACAGCAAAAAGCUUGCUGAGAAGGCUGUGCUGGCAGCUAAUGGGUGGACUCUGAAAAAUGGUGAUACUUUGUACACUUGUGCCUUAAGACCCAUGUAUAUCUAUGGGGAAGGAGGCCCAUUCCUUUCUGCCACUAUAAAUGAGGCCCUGAACAACAAUGGGAUCCUGUCAAGUGUUGGCAAGUUCUCCACUGUCAACCCAGUCUAUGUUGGCAACGUGGCCUGGGCCCACAUUCUGGCCUUGAGGGCCCUGCGGGACCCCAAGAAGGCCCCAAGUGUCCGAGGACAGUUCUACUAUAUCUCAGAUGACACGCCUCACCAAAGCUAUGAUAACCUUAAUUACACCCUGAGCAAAGAGUUCGGCCUCCGCCUUGAUUCCAGAUGGAGCCUUCCUUUAUUCCUGAUGUACUGGAUUGGCUUCCUGCUGGAAAUAGUGAGGCUCCUGCUCAGGCCAGUUUGCACCUAUCGACCGCCCUUCAGUCGUCACACAGUGACAUUGUCAAAUAGCGUGUUCACCUUCUCUUACAAGAAGGCUCAGAGAGAUCUGGCAUAUAAGCCGCUCUACAGCUGGGAGGAAGCCAAGCAGAAAACCAUGGAGUGGGUUGGUUCCCUUGUGGACCGGCACAAGGAGACCCUGAAGUCCAAGACUCAGUGAUUUAAGGAUGACAGAGAUGUGACUGUGGGUAUUGUUAGGAGAUGUCAUCAAGCUCCACCCUCCUGGCUUCAUACAGAAGGUGACAAGGGCACAAGCCCAGGUCCUGCUGCCUCCCUUUCACACAAUGCCCAACUUAUUGUCUUCCUUGUGUCAUC